CUCUCUCUCUUGCUCUCGCUCUCACUCUCGAUUUUCUCUGUCUUUGUCACUGGCUGGCUUGGGCCGUUGUCCUGCUUCUUUCAUGGCUUGUGUUUUUUGUUCUUGACCUUCGCUGCAGUCUGGUGGUUGUCGGUUCCUUGCCUUCGAUCUCCCCACAAACCCUUCCCACUCUUCAAAGGGGCCCUUCCUCCUUAUCGUGCUAGACGGCGUUGCACCCUGCGCAGCUUUUACGCCCCAAGUUCACACGCCCAACUCGCCCUGUCGUUCUUUUCCAUUGACUAUUAUUGAGCGCUGUAUUUCGGGUCAAGCAUCCUAUAAAACCCUGGUGGAAGGGUUUAUAUACUGUUUACUCUCGUUUUCGACCCACCUCGAUCGUUCCGUUGAUUUCCCCUAUUUCGGCCCCUCCUUUGUUUCGGGUCUGAACUCGAAUACCUCAAGCCACUCUCCAACUAACCCAUUGCUUAUCCUCUCGCUUUAAUUGACACUCGUUUUCAUCAUGGCUUCGCCCAGUAUGGUCGACCUGGAGCAGCGAAAUCGCCUCCCAACCCUGUUCGAGGUCCUCAGCCGUCGGACUCUUGCACCUGUCGAUCUCUUUUCCUUCUAUAUCUACAUGCGCGACCAGCAACGCUCAGUCGACUACUUGGACUUUUGGCUCGAUGUAUCGCAACACAUGUCUCUCUGCCGUCACUAUGUCCGAGAACUACGCCGCUCUGUUCUUGUAGCAACGCCUGAUCUUGAGAAAGCCGAAAGCAAAGGCUCUUCGACCCCCUUGGAAACCCUUGAGAGCAUGAACGAUAUCCCGCUAGUGGAAGCUGGACCUUCCGGCUUGCGUCAUGAUCUUAGUGAUUUGGAUGAGAGGGAAGCUGAUCAAAGACUGUCCGCCUUCCUGCGCUCGGAUGGUCUUUCCUCUAAGCACUCGCCACAAAGCAGUCUAGGAUCACAGAAUGCUGUCUCUCGCACCUUGUCAAACGAACAACCUCCCCGCCCAAGCUUCGGGACUAAGAAUGAAUCUAGCUCUCCUGGUCACACGGUGGCACGCGCCGAUAUUCGCGCCAGCGCAGAGAAGAUCCUUUACACAUACCUACUUCCUGGUGCCGAGAGAGAGAUUGUUCUACCCCAAGAGAUGGUCUCAUCCAUCAUCAACUUGAUUGAGGAUGAUGGCAGAGACGACCCCGAGGUAUUUGAUCCGGCGAAAGACUAUGUCUUCCAAGCGAUGGAGCGCGAUGCUUUUCCAGGGUUUUUGCAGGCGAAGGCCCUCGGUAAUCUUGUCCCACUGUCAAUCCUUGCCCGCCUAGCCUUGGCCCUCAUAAGUUUCGGUGGAGGUUUCUGGGGUGCGUUCUAUGUGGUUUUGCGUGAUAAGCCAAGGCAUAUCCGUUGUUGGGUCAUUCUGCCUUUUAUCAUUGCGUCCUACUUCGUUGUUUCUUAUCAAUACAAGAUCGACCCAGUGAUGGCAUUCGUAGGGUUCAGCGAAUAUACCUUUAUGAAUUGGUCUCCCAUCCGCGAACCUUAUGUCCGAAAACUCUUGACAAAGCGAGCCACUGCCACUGUCUUCAUUGCGGCCUGUGUUGCUACUGCUUUGAGCGUCUUGUUUAUUUUUGUUCCUGUCUUUGGUAAUUCGUUGGCUAUCCGAAUGCGAUUGCACGUAAUGCAAUGACCUGAUUGGAAAUUUUGUUUUGUAUCAUGUAGCAGUUACGAUGGACCUCGGGAAAUCUAGGCAAAACUAUCAGGC